UAGAUGAACACAAAGCUGAUAUCCUGCAUGAAGCUCUUUGUCAAGAGCUCCCUGUUUUUUGUUUUUAUAGUAGUAAAGCUUGAAAAAUUUAGUUUUAACAGAUAUGUUGUGGAAAAUGGGAGCAAUGUCAAAAUAGCUCGGUUUGCCAGAAUGAGGAACCUCUUGGCAACAGUCAACCAAAAACUGUCCAGAGGUAAGUCAGCAAAAUUUGGCUUUUAACCACGAUCUUAUCUCAGUCCAGUUAUUUCCUCCUGCUCCUGCAAAGUCAUUUCCUUUUCAAAAAAUGCUGCUGAGCUGCAUGGGUCCCUAACCCAGUCAAGACUAUCAGUGGAGGCUGUAGAGAAAUAAAAUGAAAAGUUCUCCUCAUGAGUUUUCAGAUGUUUACCCAUUAUCUCACACAGUGCAGCAGUGUUCACAUCUUGCCAUUUCUGGGUGAGUGUGAACAUGUCCAAGUUGGCAAUUUCCAAAUGUUGCUGCCAGAUGCACCUUUGAACGGAAUCAAUUUAUUUGAUCUGAACCUGAGAGCAAGUUUUUAUUUUGGCCUUGCAUCCGUGUGUUCAGGUCAUUCAGAUGCUGAAAUACAUCUGCCAUGUAUGCCAGCCUUGCACUCCAUUCAUCACAUGCAAGCAGCUUUGCAUUAUCGGAUCUCAUUAGUCAAAAACACUUUGAGUUCCUCCAGCAGCUCAUACACAUGGCCAGCGCCUUGCCAUGCCACAACCAUCGGACCUCCGUGUGGAACAAUAAGGCUUUAUGGUUCGCUCCCAUUUCCUCACACAAAGAUCCAAAUGUGCAGCUUUUUUAACGGUCUUGUCUUUACAAAGUUUGUCACGCGCACAACAUCAUCCAACACAGCGACGAGGUCUGCCGGUAAAGUCUUGGCAACGAGUGCCAGACUGUGCAAAAAUCAGUGCGCAACAAUAACAUGUGGGUGUCUCACUCUGCUCAUGAAGCCUUUGGUGGCCGCUGCUCCAUUAGCAGACACUUGUGCAGUUUUCCCACUAAAGUCAUAUACUGAUGAGCAAUGACCACCAUCUUCUUUCCCACUGUCUCCAUUUGUGCCUCGUAUCCUUCAGACAUGGCCUUCAUACAGCAGCCAGCCCAGGUGGUGAUGGUUACCACUACUUCUCAAGGGCCUUCAGCUUGGAGCACCGACAUGUGCGAUUGCUGCACUGACAUGGGCACCUGUUGCUUUGGUUCUUGGUGCUUCCCCUGCAUGCAGUGUCAGACAGCCAGUGACUAUGGAUGGUGCUACUGUAUGCCGCUACUGGACUCCUGCAGCUGUGGCGUGGUAUCCUGUAUGCUCCGCUCCGACAUGAGAAAGCGCUACAACAUCCCUGGCUCAUUCUGUGAUGACUGCUGUAAACUGAUGUUUUGUUACACAUGCGUCUGGUGCCAGAUGAAUCGUGAGCUGAAGCUCAGGAAGAACCAGGGCACGGCCAUGAUCCCAAUGGCCACUUCGCAGGUCGUCCGUACUUAGGAUGCAGCUGUUGGGGCUGUGGGUUGAGGGCAUAUGUCGUCCAAAUAUCGGCCUCUGUUAUUUUCUUACUGCUGUUAUGAUAAAAACACAUAAGAAAAGAUUAGUUCUGUUUGUGCAGUUAUAAGCAUUAGCACGAAGACAAAGCAUUUACUUUGAGUAAUUAACACGAGCAUCAUAAAGAUUAGUAUGGUAGUGUUCUGGAAUUUUAAAUACCCAUAUUAGCUGUUAAGUGAAAAAAGCUUGCUUAAACUCUCUAUUAAUUCCAGAUGUUUUGAGUUUUGCUUAUAUAAUAACAUGUUGAAUGUUAGGAUUCAGGUGAGAUCACUGACUCUGGUUCACCCUGGUCAAUAAAAUAUUUUUGUUUCAUGCA